AUGAACAAAGAAAACUGUACCACCGUGACAGAGUUUAGUCUUGUUGGAUUAUCAGAUGUCCCUGAGCUGAGGGUCCUUCUUUUCAUGGUGUUCCUCCUGAUCUAUGGAGUGACGGUUUUGGGCAACCUGAGUAUGAUCGCACUGAUUCAGGUCAGCUCUCGGCUUCACACUCCCAUGUACUUUUUCCUCAGCCACCUGUCCUUUGUGGAUUUCUGUUACUCAACAGUCAUCGUGCCAAAGCUGCUAGCUAAUAUCUUAAACAAAGACAAAGCCAUCUCUUUCCUGGGAUGUGCGGUGCAAUUCUACUUGUUUUGCAUGUGUGUGGUAACUGAGGUCUUCCUGCUGGCCGUGAUGGCCUAUGACCGCUUUGUGGCCAUUUGCAGCCCACUGCUGUACAUGGUCACCAUGUCCCAGAACCUGCGAGUGGUGCUGGUCUCUACCUGCUACCUCUCUGGGUCUGUGUGUUCUCUGAUUCACUUGUGUUUAGCUCUUGAGAUUUCAUCCUACAGAUCAAAUGUGAUUAACCACUUCUUUUGUGAUCUGCCCCCUCUCUUAUCCCUUGCUUGUUCCGAUGUCACCGUGAAUGAGCUGUUGGCAUACACUGUGGCAUCUUUCAUUGAGAUCAUCACCAUUGUGAUCAUCCUCACCUCCUACUUGUUUAUUUUCAUUACCAUCCUGAGGAUGCGCUCUGCAGAGGGAAGGCGCAAAGCCUUUUCCACCUGUGCCUCCCACCUCACAGCCAUCAUUGUCUUCCAUGGGACAAUCCUAUUUGCCUACUGCUGGCCCAGUGCUGACAACAAUGAGGAUGCUGACAAGGUGGCUGCAGUGUUCUACACUGCAGUGAUUCCCAUGCUGAACCCCCUGAUCUAUAGCUUAAGGAACAAGGAUGUGAAAGAGAGUCUCAGAAGAGUAGUGAGCUCCAAAAUAUUUUCCUAGAGAAUAUUUCAAAGUGGAAGAUGG